AUGACUCCUGGUCAAAGCAAACUGCCUUCAGAUUCUAUAAAAGUAGUCCCUGGCAGGAGUAAACUCCGAGUUGAAUCUUCAAACCCAGUUGCUAGAGGGAAUCCAGUACCAAGAUCUUCAAAGGUGAAGUUGAUCACACCAGAGGAAGCUAUAAAACUACAUUCUGGUGUCAGUCAAGUGCCUGUUCCUCCACCUUCUGAAUCAUCAAGACCUUAUAAGCCUGCUCGUCCAACUUUUGAAUCAAGACUUAAGCCUGUUCGUGAAACUUUUGAAUCACAAAGACGUGAGCCUGCUCGUUCAACUUUUGAAUCAUCAAGACCUAAGCAUGUUCCUGUAGCGUUUGAGUCACAAAGACAUGAGCCUGCUCGUGCAACUUUUGAAUCAUCAAGACCUAAGCAUGUUCCUGCAACAUUUGAUUCACAAAGACGUGAGCCUUCUCGUGCUGCUUUUGAAUCACAAAGACCUAAGCAUGUUCCUGCAACAUUUGAUUCACAAAGACGUGAGCCUUCUCGUGCUGCUUUUGAAUCACAAAGACCUAAGCAUGUUCCUGCAACAUUUGAUUCACAAAGACGUGAGCCUUCUCGUGCUGCUUUUGAAUCACAAAGACCUAAGCAUCUUCCUGCAACAUUUGAGUCACAGAGACGUGAGCCUUCUCGUGCAACAUUUGAGUCACAAAGACGUGAGCCUUCUCGUGCAACUUUUGAAUCACAAAGACGUGAGCCUUCUCGUGCUACUUUUGAAGAACCAAGACAAUUCUCCGCUGUUCCAACUUCUAAACCACCAAGACCUGCCCCACCUCGUCCCAAUUCUAAACCACCAAGACCUGUCCCGGUUCGUCCAGCAGAAGGUUUCAGAAAAGAAAUUGUUUGUGGUCUUCCAGCUGCUUCGAGUAUGAACACAGCAACAGUGAAAUGGAGAACCAAUACAAGAAUUCUUCAUCAACCUAAGACGGUGGAGCUUCCUCCUAGUCCAAGUGCUUUGCAGAUUCCUUCAAAUGUUCAGCAGCAAGCUACUACUGAUGCAACAACACAUACAAUACAAGUUGUGGAAGUUGCUGAUAAAGCUAAAGAUAAUGGUUCCAAGGAGACAUGUGGAUCAACCUCUGAUGAAAGGAUCUCAGAGUUACUUCUGUAUCGACCAGCUUUGCUCCCUACUUGGAAGGGACGCAUUGUGGACUCUGCCAUGCUUUUUCCUGAGUUUGACUGCCAGUUUUGUGCUAAUCCAGCAUCAUGUAUCAGCAAGAAGGCACUGAGACUUUCAAAGGCGAUGCCUAUAUUUCUCGAGGUGGAACUAGAUCCUACAGGCCAUAUUCUGAAUGCUUUGUUUGGCAGAACCCCAAGGCUCUCGGAUGUGGAAUUAUACUUUUUCUCACAUGAGAAGGAAACAGAAAGGUCUAAACGGGAACAUGCUCAUCUGUUUGAGGCCAUGGUUACUCGCAAUGCCAUGAUCAAAGCUAGUGUAAACGGCACACAGUUGUUGAUAUUCUCCUCAAAACUAUUGGACAAGACCUCCCAGUUUUUCAUCAAGAAGCAGAAAAAAACAGAAAACUAUCUUUGGGGUUUCUUUCUCGGUAACAAAAACUCACAAUCACAUGUUCCACGAACUGAUAAGAAUCUUGAUGAUGCAAAUGUUGUUGACAUGGACAUUGACACUGAAGACCAGACUCCGUGGCUAAAUCUCCAGCCAAUUGCAGAAUCACAAAGACCAUCUUGCAGCUAUAGAUAA